AUGAGAAGAGAAGGCACCCGAUUCAAUGUAAGAACCAAUCAGACCGUCAAAAGAUGCCCUCUUUGUACCAAAUGGCACUGCCAUCCUAAAGAUGAUGAGAAUGUCGACUAUGAAAAUUUCAUUCAACGCUACAAUUCAGAUCGAGCCUUUCGGAAAGAAGUAAACAUCCUCUAUGCAGAAAAGAUCAAGAAGAAGAAUCAAUCUCCUAAUGAGGAUGAUGAAGAGAAUGGAAUGGAUGGACAAGAAGAAAACCAUCCAUCUGCAACUACUACAUCCAGAAAAUGUUCUCAUAAAAAGGCUCAUCAAGAAGAAAUGAAUUCAGAAGAUGGCCAUGAGCAUCAUCAUUACUCCAUUCCCGAAGAUUUCACUCCGCAAAAAUACAAACGCCACAUCGGAGGCUACAUUGAUCGUCAUGUCGGAUAUUCUCGUGCUGACCAUAAACACAACGAUGACAAUGGACAAAAGGAUGAGAGAGAGUUCUCUAGGAAAAACAAGUACUUUGUGAAGAAUUUAACGCGUUUUGAUUUUAAAUUGUGA